AGUGUGUUUGUAUGUGUGUUUGUCUGUGUGUGUCUGUGUGAAUACUGUGUGAAUGUCUGUGUGUGAUUUACUGACUUUCCCCCAACACACAUUUCUUUGGUUAAUUGAGAAAACAACCACAUCCUUUGAGUUGAAUGUAUAUGAAGAUCUAAGGGCAGAGAGAGACCAGAGCACCUCUUUCUUCAGACCAAAACCAGAUCUAAAGAAGACAUAUCCUCUACAUCAGGACCCUCUGAAGGACCAGAAAAUGACACUCUUCAGAGUCUUCAGUCUCUGGGUCUUCAUCAUUCUAUCUUUGUAUCUGCAAACAGGUGACUGUACAAAGAUAAUUGGUGGAACAGAGGUGAAGCCUCACUCUCUCCCCUACAUGGCCUUAAUCUAUCGGAAAAUCAAUGAAACACACACGUCUUGGUGUGGAGGAAUCCUCAUCAACAGUGAAUGGGUCCUGACUGCCGCUCACUGCGGUGAAAUGGAGUUAGUGUAUCUAGGUGUCCACAACAUGAAACAACCUGGCCAUGGUGUAAAAGUGAAAAGGAACGUUCUUCAUCCUGACUACAUGACUAUAAAGGAAGGCAACGACAUCAUGCUGGUCCAGCUGAAUAAACCGGUGGGUCAGAACAGCAUGAUUAAAGUCAUGCCUCUACCCAAACCCGUUGAGGACAUCAGAGCCGGGACAGAGUGCUUUGUGGCAGGAUGGGGAGUUACCAAAGUAAACUCCUCUAUGUCUGACGUCCUGAUGUCUGCCAAAGUCACUGUGAUUGACAGGGUGACGUGUAACUCUACGGAGUACUACAACAAGGACCCCAUCAUUACCGCUAACAUGCUGUGUGCCGGCUAUGACAUAGACCCAGCUGACGCCUGCCAGGGAGACUCUGGGGGUCCGUUGGUGUGUGAUGGUGAACUAGAAGGGUUAGUGUCCUAUGGUGAAGGAUGUGGCAUCAAGACCAAGCCUGGAAUUUACACAUUCAUACCUAAAUAUAACAAGUGGAUCCAGGACACCGUUACAAAACCAUAGUGUGACUGUGCCUUCUACAGUUAUUGGCACCCUUGGAUAAAAUGCCCUUGUUGCUAAUCAGUUUGAUAGUACACUCGAUAUGAGGGCCAUCUAACCUUUAAGUGAGGUGAAAUUGUUAAAAGAACUUCAUAUUAUUUUCUUAAUAUUUUUGUUGAAAUAAAUGUGUCCAGAUUGUUGUCACUCCUGUAUUUAGUACUUUGUGCACCUUCCCCUUGCCAAGAUAACAGCACUGAGUUUUCUCCAAUAGUUUGAUCAGGUGGGACAAAACAUGCGAGGGAGGUGAGGCCAUUUAUCUAGUCAUGAU